UCCCGUCACCGUCACACUAGCAACCCCCACCAUUUCAUCCCUCACAGCCUCAUUCAAGUUUCGUCUCCGCCUGCAGUAUCUCCGUCACCAACACAACACAAUCAAACUCCAAAAAUGGCGUCGAGUGCUAGGGUUUUCAACGGCUGCAGAACUCUCUUCGCCGCCGCAAAGUCCGCCACUCCCAAACCUACCACCACUGUCGCUGCAAAGAAGAAGGCCACCGUCAAAAAAACUACAGAGAAAAAGCCGAAGCAACCGUCUGCCGAUAAACCGGUGAAACCUGCUGGCAUUCUGAAGCCAUCGCCGAUUUCGCCAGCCCUAGCUCAGUUCCUCGGCGUCUCUGAGUCCGCUCGCACCGACGCUGUUAAGAAGAUUUGGGAGUAUAUCAAGUCUAAUGAGCUUCAGAAUCCGACAAACAAGAAAGAGAUAAUCUGUGAUGAGAAGCUUAAGACUAUAUUUGAUGGGAAAGACAGAGUUGGUUUUCUAGAGAUUGCCAAGUUGCUUGCUCCUCAUUUUGUGAAGACUGCUUGAUUGGUGAUGUAAGGGGUCAGUUUCCGGUUGGUGGUUUUGAUAGUUAGGCUGUUUGUUGUUGAUAUUGACCUUUUGAUCUAGGAAUGUGAGGUGGAGGUUGAUUAUUGAAAGUUGUAAGAAAUGGAAACAUGAUUAGCAGUUUUAGACUUAUGCAAGUUGAUGCUCAUUUCUGCAGUUUUGGUUUUCUGUAGACAAUGGUGCAGUGAUACUAGUGGCACGUUUCAGAUGGUGAAAA